AUGUCGUCUUGUCUAACAACGAACCUCUCUCAAGCAAAUGAUUCGACCCCUGCCACAUUUGAGGAGAAAAAGAUGCUUCUCGGAAAUGCUGAUAUCGUAAAACUUUUUUUUGAAAUUCUUAUCGCUCUUUUUGGAGUUAUUGGCAACGCUCUAGUGAUCUUUAUCAUUGUCAGAAGAGGAAAGAGGAAACACGCUGGAGAUCACUUUAUUCUGCAGCUGGCGAUUGCGGAUCUUGGAGCACUGCUAAUCGCUUUUCCAGUUGUCAUCGUAAGGGAAAAGGCGUCUCUUAACUGGCCAUUCGGGAGGUUUACUUGUCUCUAUUUGUACCCUAUUGUGGAAAUAUUCUUCGGUGCGUCUGUAUGGAGUAUCGUGGCUAUUGCUGUAGAGCGAUAUCGGAAAAUUGUGUUAUUGAAAUCAUCUGGUCUAUGCAACCGAACGAAUUCAUCCAGUCGAGUUUUUGCUACUGCUGUUAGUUUGUGGGUGGCAUCUUUUGUGUUGUUUUGCCUUCCGCUUUAUUUUGCCGUGGAUUAUCAUCCCACGCCAAAUGGAGGGGAGUGGUGUGGCUUAAUGUGGCCAGUGCUGUUUGAAAAAAUCUAUGUUGGAUGUCUGACUUUAUUUUCCUACACUCUGCCCUUAAUAAUCAUCUCCUUUACUUAUGUUGUGAUAUCUCGCGCACUACGACAGAGCAGCUCAUUUAUCAAAACCAUGAAACAAGAAAAUGAAGAUGUCGUCAAAAAGGAGCAACAAGGGACAAGGCUGGGAUCUUUUAAAAACUCUAAUCGCCUUGAAAAUAGCCGAUCUAUGAUCAACAGGAAAAAGAUGAAUCGCCUUUGUCAAAACAAACGAGCCAAGAAAAUCAUAACACCACUUGUUUUGGUGUUUGCAUUAACGAUGUUUCCCUUAAAUAUUUUACGCCUCGCAUUAACGUUUUGGCCCGAGAUUGUUCCAGAAGACUAUUUUGCAAAUAUUCUUUAUGUAGUAGUUGUUUCCACAAUGCUCAAUCAUGCAGCUAAUCCGGUGAUUUAUUCUGCUGUAAGUAGAGAAUUUCGUACGGAGAUGAAAAGCUUGUGUCAUGGAGGUCGUGGGAAACACCGUUCGUCUAUCUUUUCUUGGUAG